GAAGAGUUCAAAACAAAUAAUGGUUUCGAGGUUUUACAUUACUUGUAAGGUUAAAUUCAGAAACACUCCGAAAUCAAAUUCGGACUAUGGCUACUAAUAACAUGUCAACAGAAGAAAUAGCCACUGGGGACGAGAACGACGAGGAUUUUGAAGAUGCAGAAGAAGAAGUUUGUUUGUCAAACUUAGACCUAUCAGAUGCUAUAGAACAAACCAGUACAGCUCUCAAGCUUUUCCUGAACAACAAGUUCACAGAUGCCAAAGCUAGGAUGGAACCAGGGUCAAACAACAGUAUGUAUCAUGCCCUGGGAUACGGGACCAUACUUUACAUUCAGGCUGUCAUGACAUUUGAUAUGACUGAUAUUGAGGCAGCUAUUCAGGCAUUGAAAAAAUCAUUGCAUGUUUGUGAUCGACACAGGCGUAAAUAUUCCUUCACCGAAACCAUAACACGUUCUGGAAUGAAGCCAUCUCUUCUUAAAGAAGAUGAAAUCCAUGCAGAGUUAUGUUAUGCUGAAUGUUUACUUCUGAGAGCAUUGUUGACCUUUGUACAGGAUGAAAAUCUCAUUAGUUUUGUUAAAGGAGGGUUGAAAAUUAGAGAAUGUUAUAAAGUUUACAAGGAGUGCAAUAAAAUUUUACAGAAGAGAAAUUUUGCAGAUGAGAAACAAAAACUUCAUUUUGAGAGUGGUGUGUUAAUGGGAGUUGGUGCUUUUAACUUGAUGAUUUCACUUCUUCCAAGCAAGGUUAUGAAACUUUUAGAAUUUGUUGGAUUCUCAGGAAAUAAGAAAGCUGGAUUACAAGCUUUACUUAAAGGAACAGAAGAUUUAUCAAGUCUAAGAGGCCCUCUGUGUUCUAUUAUUUUAAUAGCAUAUCAUACAGUAGUUUGUUAUGUUCUUGGUUUAGCUGAUGGUGAUAUUGCUUUGGCUGAAGAACUAUUAAAACCAUGUCUCAAUCUUUAUCCUAAGGGUGCACUUUUUUUAUUUUUCUCUGGAAGAAUUGAAGAAAUAAAAGGAAAUAUAGAUAAUGCUUUAUUUAGAUUUGAAGAGUCCAUAGAUUCCCAGCAGGAAUGGAGACAGUUUCAUCAUUUAUGUUUUUGGGAGUUGAUGUGGUGUCAUUGUUUCAAGGGUGACUGGUUAAUGGCCAUGAAGUAUGCUGAGAGACUAUGUAAGGAGAGUAGAUGGAGUAAAGCUACAUAUACAUAUCAAAAAGCAGCAUUUUUACUCAUGUGUGACGAUCAAACUGAAGAGACAAAAACUCAUCUUCAUUAUUUAUUUAGUGAAGUUCCAAGACUCAAACAGAGAAUAGCAGGAAAAUCUUUACCAAUAGAAAAGUUUGCUGUGUUUAAAGCCAAAAGAGUCAUUGAACAGGAUUCAAUCCUUGUUCUCCCAGCAUUGGAGCUGAUAUAUGUUUGGAAUGGUUUUUCUAUACUGGGAAAGAAAGAAGAACUUCUAAAUCCUGUGUUGGAGAAAGUAGAGAAAACAUUAAAUGACAUUGUGAACUCAAAAGAUGACAGAAUAUAUUAUGCUGAUGACUAUUGUUUAGCCUUAUUGUUGAAGGGAGUAUGUUUGAAACACAAAGGAAGUCAUUUUCAAGCAGAGCAGUGUUUUACAGAAAUCCUUACAUAUGAAAAGAAGAUAAAACAAGAUACGUUCCUAUUACCAUAUGCUACAGUAGAAUUAGCCAUGUUGUUUCUGUUAGAGGAAAGACUAGAUGAUGUUAAAAAAUUCCUAGACAGAGCCAAAAAAAACUACAAAAGCUAUUUGUUGGAAUCCCGACUCCAUUUUAGAAUCCAUGCUAUACGUCUACAAGUGAACUCCAUGCAGAGUAGCGAUAGCAGCAGUAACAAUUCUAGUCAGGUAUUAGAAUCACCAACUGAUGAUAUACCUUCACCAUCGUUAGAACAUACAGAAUCCAUAGAAUCAACCAAUCUAUGAUCGUUUUAUAGCUUUAAUUUGUUUUUGAAUUCAACACUGUGUUCAAAUUUCUGUGAUAAAUAUCAUGACAUUAUAUUAUAUCUUUGCUCACUUUAUUGUUACUUAAAUUGUGUUUUUUAUUUUUUAGAUUUAAGAUUUUUGUGUAUUUUCUUUUAUAUUUAUACUGUUGGUCUAGUAUUUAUAUUUGUUUUAUAAAUUUUCCCCAGUCAAUUUUUUUUUGGUCACCCCUAUUUUAGUCAGCAGGGUAACAUGAUGUGUAGCAUAUAACAAUAUUGUUCAACUUUGACUUUGUAAAUGUAUUUCCCUUACACCUGAUAUUGCUUUUUCGCUGAUCAUUCACUUCUUCGCAAUAAUUAAAUAAAUCUACCAAUUAAAACUGCUUUAUGAGAUAAAGGAUCUGCAUUCCCAUCAUAAAUAUCUACAGUUUUGACUUAAAAAUGUGAUAGUGCAAAUAGGGCAUGAUGCAUAUGGACAUAUUCUAGUUCUUUCAUAAGUUCCAAACCUGUAUCCCAUGGUUUUGUUGAAAUUAUAAAGCUCAUUUUCUUUUAUAAACUCAGGGAAUACUUAUCAUUUUUGUUUGCCAUUUAUUAAAGAUAUUUAAAACGCACUUUAAGACAUAAUGAAUUUAAAAAGCACAUAUGUACAUUAUAGAAUACUAAAUAUUGCACAUUUGCACUUUUAAAAAAAAUCCAGUGUGGUCUUUGCUCUUAGAUAAGAUCUCUUUCAAAGGACAAGCUGUAAAUGCACCAGUUGGUUGAUAAAAUUUUUAAAUAAAUUCCAAAAAGAUCAGCUAUGCCUCCUAUGAGGUUCUCAGAGGCGGAUUUAGGGGGGGCAAGGGGGCCCAGGCCCCCCCUUUUUGGAAAAAAAUUUGGUUGCUUAUAUAGGGAAUCACUGAGUGUAACUGGAGCGGGCCCCCUCUUAGGUCAGUCAGUGGGCCCCCACUUAUGAAAAUUCCUGGAUCCGCCACUGGUUCUGGUUAUAAUUGUACAGUCAAUCCUGCAGACAUCUGAGAACUUUUGUAGUGUAUUCUAGUUAUAAAACUUUCUAAUGAUAUUUUAUGUUUAUCUGUCUCAAUUUUGUAUAUAACCUAAUAUUUUACAGAUAUGCAUUAGUGAAAAGUAAAUGUGCAUAAUAAUUUUAUUCCACUAUGAUUGUCAAUCACCCUUACAGUACGAUCAAGUAGA